CGCUCUACAAAGAAAGCUCAGACAUCGAAAAGUUCCAUAGCUGUUCUGCAAGGGGCUUUUGUUACUUUCUCUUUACCUUUCUACUCGUACCAGGGCUGCUUCGAAUUUUCUUAAUAGAACAGAAUACACGCAUACGGCUGAAGAUCUUAGGUCCUCUCUGCUCGUGUUCGAUAAACGCUCUGAAAUAUAGUAUAUUAAUAACGCGCGGGAAAAAGAUUCGAGAAUGUAUGAAGCAUGUUAGGGAGGAUUGGAAAAAAAUAGUGUUGAAAAAGGAUUACGAAUCAAUGAUGUCACAUGCCAAGAUCGGAAGGACUUUGGCGUUGAUGUCAGUCUCUUUUCUGUAUGGCGCUGGAAUGUCUUAUCGUACUAUCUUACCUCUUACAAAAGGCAAAAUCAUCAUCGCUUGUAGUGUUUGUGGUUUAGCGAACUUCGUGAUCAUGCACGCGUGUGACCAACUCGAAAUUUUUAUGAGAAUGAUGAGAGACAUUGUCGGUGGGAAAGACGACGUUGAUGAUACUGAACCAGAUACGCGUAUCGCCGAGGUAAUUAGACAUCAAACCCGAUCCAAGAAUUUCGUAAAGGAAGUAGAAGAGAUUCUGCAGUACAUGUGCAUGGUAGAGAUCUUGGAUUGUAUUAGUCUCGUUUAUCUUGCUCUGAGUAGGAAAAUAGUGGAUACGACCGGAUUAAUUACAUAUUACAUUUUUCUCCUAUCUUUCGCUUUUAAUACGUUUAUCUUUUGUUUCAUCAGCGAGCUUCUUUCGGAACAGGGUGCGAAAGUCGGAAUAACUUCUUGUACUCUUGAAUGGAAUCGUCUUCCGACGAAAAGCGCUCAAAGCCUAAUAUUGCUAAUAUUAGCGUCGAAUCGUCCAAUAAAGAUCGUAGCCGGUAAAUUGAUGCACAUGUCACUCAGAAAUUUUAAUGGCAUCAUUAAAACUUCGGUUGGAUAUUUCAACAUCCUUCGAAAUAGCAUCUAA